GAAUCGCCCACACAACUAACCUCAAAAUUGACCUUCGUUGCAGCAACGUAAAUGUUACGUUCCAUGCCUAGCAGAUCACUCACUCUUCAGGCUUGAGUCUUCAAGAUCUUUUUUUAUUCUUGUGCGAUAUUCUGCCAAUAUAAAGAAGUACGCAUUUAAGUUUUAAUUAAAUUGGCGUUUUUUUAUUGCUAAACAAAAAUGGACAGAGCAAUUCUGGAAAAUAAAGUAAAUCCAAUAGUCCCAUAUACAUCUUGGCGAAGACCACCUGGACCGUUGAACGUGUGGAAAGUUGUUGAUGGUUACAAAAAUGGAGAACCCACCAAAUUUAAAAUUCAAGAGAUUCCAUCCGAUAGAUUCGAGGAAGUCCUAGAUCAUAUGUGCGAUUAUUAUUUGGCAGAUGAACCACAAUUUGAAUGUAUGAAAGCAAGGGAUGAUCCACUAUUGGUUUAUGACCAAAGAUUACUUUGGAGAUUAUUUUUGAAACAAGGCAUUAGCAUUGGCAUGUUUACCGAUAAUUCAAACGGAGAAAAAUCUAUAAUUGUUGGAGUCAAUAUUUUACUUGUGGAGACAAAAGAUGACAAAGCUGUUUUCGCAAAGUUUAGGCAAAAUUAUUUAUCGCCAAGGGGUUCCCAAAUGGAUGCAGUACUUUGGCCGUUAUUUCAGGAAGCUAAUGUGAAGAGUAAACUAAAAGAACACAAAUAUUUGACAUCUGCAGGUCUUAGCGUGUUGCCUUCUUUCAGAGGACAGUCGUUUGGUGGAAAAAUGCUGGACGUGAGGGAGGACAUUUGCCGGAAUUAUGGAAUUAAUCUUUCAGCGAAUUGCUUUUCAUCCGAUGCAUCCAUCAAACUAGCCGAAAGAUCCGGAUACGGAGUUCUGCUUGAAAGAGAUUAUGAAAAAAUUUUAAAUAACCAAAAUCAAAUCGCAUUUCCGAAUUGCAGGUCAAAAACAUUCAAGUUUAUGUUCAAAAGGUUUAUAUAGAAUCAAUGCAAUUAGUAUUUAAGGAUUCUGUCAAAUUUCCUUCGGGUCGAUAAAACUUUCGACAGUGUUAGUUAAAAAAUUUUAUUAUUAUCUUUACAAUUUUAAAUAAAAA